AUGGAGGAAGUCGAUUUGGCCGAGGGAGGGGGGGAAGCGGUACACGAAGAGGCCUACGCGGCCGCAUACGAAGCAGCUGAUGCUGCUGCUGCAGGGGAGGAUGGAAACGAAGGCGGGUCAGACGUCCCCAUCUUCAAGGAUGGCAAGGGACAGCCCGGCGGCAUUUCAAUCUCCAUCCAUGGGCCUCAGAAGAGGGCCUUGGAGCUCAAGUUGGGUGCCAAGCGCAAGGGUCCCAUCAUCACCCAUCGAGAUCGUGUUUCAAGACUGGCAGCACACAAGUGGAUGGUGCUCGCUGUCAUUGCACAUACAAAGGCGCGAAACAGUCUCAUCAAUGACGAGGCUCUCCGAGACCAUCUGUACACCCUCGUACCGAAUACCUUCCUCGAGAAGCUGCGACUGAUCCAUCCCAAGAAGGUGCCCGUCCAAAACGAGCGGGUGAGGAUGUUUGAGUCGCUGCUGCGGGAAAUCACCAGGUGGUGGAUUAGCCGCUUCCGACUCGAGCCCAACAUGACGGCCGGUGCUGCGCUGCGGCAGCCCGAUCCAGACAGCUUCAAUGGCCUCUUCCCUGCGCCUGGCCGGCGCGUCGACGGGUGGGUCGUGGAGACUGCCAGGCAGCGAGAAGAGAGACAUCGAGCGGAGCGAAGGGAGAGGAGCGAGAUUAAGAAAGCUAAGGGAAAGGGGAAAGCCAAAGCUUCGUCGUCUGAAGCAGCCCAGGAAGAGGGCGAGGAAAAGGAAAGGAAGCCAAAGGCGCCCUUCAGCGAAAUCACCCUCUUUGGCCCCGGCAACUCGACGCAGCCUCACUUUCUCCGCCUCGGCGAGUCGGCAGAACCCAUUACAUCGGCCGAAGAUCUCAUGACCCACGCUCGAGAGCUCAUGGGCUCCCGCGAGACGAGCGCACAGCUGUUCGCAAGCAUGUGCCGAGCCUUGGGUAUCCCGUCGCGAUUGGUCGUCAGCAUUCAGGCACCCAGCUGGAGCGUCGCGGCGGCCAAGGUGGCCUCAACGGUUGGUGCGACGGGCGAGAAACCAAAGAUGGGCUCGUUGGGAAAAAAGCGAAAGGCGAUGCGCCUGAAUGAGACUCGGGCCCUUGAUGCGAGCUACGUGGCCGCCAAUCGCAAGCCAGAGGAUGUGAUGACGAGCGACGACGAAAGCUUCGGCGGCGGAGAGGACACAGUGAGCGCCGAAGAUGACGGAGUUGUCAGCAGGACGGGUGCCCGAUCACGAGCGGCAGCAAGGCAGAGGCUCAAGAGUGGGACUGCCUCCAAGCCUGCAAGCGUGGCAAGCACCGCGAGUGCAGCAUCUGCAUCCAGCAGAGCCAAGGGCAAGGUUUCCAAUGCAGAGCGUGAUGAUCAAAACACAACAAAUGGACCUCCCCUGCGUGCGACUCGGUCAAGAAACGGGAAGGGCAAAGCACCGCAGACAAGUGACGAGCCGUCGCCAACUUCGAAGCCGAUCAAAGGAAAGGGCAAAGCCAAAGAGUCCGAGUCCGAGCCUGACAAGAAGCGCGAGAAGACCACGGACGGCGACUACCGCGAUGAGAGGUGGAAGAAUCUCGAAGCACCGCUAGAUGUAGAGUAUCAGCCAAAGCUGCGCCCGAUGCGGCCCAAGAAGCUCAAGGACACGGAGCUUGGAUCGGACAAUGUGACCGACGUCAAGCCAGUCGAUAUGACUGCGCCUCCUACGAUGUGGGUCGAGGUGUUUAGCAAGCCCUGGAAACGGUGGAUCACCGUCGACGUCGUACGCAACCUCGUUGAGCCCACUGGGAGCCGGAGAAUGGAGCCGCUCCCAAGCGAUCGGAGCAACCGCCUUGUCUACGUUGUUGCCUUUGAAGAGGACGGCCACGCUAGGGAUGUGACAGCGCGCUAUACACGAACGUUGCACAGCCGCAUCAGCCGAAUGAGGCCGCCGGCAACCAAGAAGGGGCCGACGACGCUCGAAGAAUGGUGGCCAAAGGUUGUCAGUGCCAUCCACCGGCCGCAGAAACUGGAGCGUGACGCCGUCGAGGAUGUUGAAUUGGAGAAUGCGGCGUCACGCGAGCCCAUGCCAAGCAGCGUGGCGGCCUUCAAGGACCAUCCGGUCUACGCGCUGGAAAAGCACCUUAAGAGAGAUGAAGUCAUCUUUCCAGCAAAGCAGGCGGGCACCUUUCAAGGCACUCCCGUGUUUCUUCGUCGCAACGUCGUCGUCUGCCGCUCGGCGCGACAGUGGUACAACGAGGGCAAGGUUGUGCGCCCGGGAGAGGAGGCCCUUAAGUGGGUCCGCAGCCGAGGCUACACGCUGGCGAACAAACGGGCAGAAGAGCAGGCCAGGAUGGAAGGUGGCGAGCUACCGCAGGAAGGACUGUACGCCGAGUUCCAGACCGAGCUGUAUGUGCCGCCGCCAGUGUCCGAAGAUGGAAAGGUGCCGACAAACGCAUUUGGCAACAUCGACCUGUUUGUGCCAAGCAUGCUUCCCGAGGGAGCUGCCCAUAUACCAUACAGCGGCGUUGGAAAAGUGGCAAAAAGCCUGGGGAUCCAGUAUGCUGAAGCCAUCACCGGCUUCGAAUUUCGCAAGCAUCGGUCCAUGCCCAAGAUGUCUGGUAUCGUGGUAGCCGCCAAGCAUCACGAUGCGCUCCUGGACGCCUAUUGGACGUCGGAACACGUCGCGGCGGAGCGCGAGCACAACAAGCGGGUCGAACGAGCCAUCAAGAACUGGAAGAGGCUCUUGAACAGCUUGAGGAUCACCGAGCGGGUCAGAAGAGAGUAUGGACAAGAAGACACUGGAGGGGCUGGAGAGCCCGAGGAGAUGCAGGAGCAAGAGGGAGAGGAUGGCGAUGCGAGUGCGUACAGGAGCCUCCACGCCGAGAUUGAGGAAGGAGGAGGGGGAGGCUUCAUGAUGGAAGGAGAAUGA